CACAGCGGCUCGAGCCGACCCAGGACACGUGCACGUACACGCACAGCCUCCAGCACAAGACGGCACACGCAUAAAUACCACCGCCGGCCGCCGGGCAACCAGUCACCACGACGGCACAUCGCCGGUGACAAGCUUCCCAGACGCCGGCCGGCCGGCGAGCGACUCGAUAAUAUCGGUGGAGAUGCAAGGCGGGAGGAGCUCGAGCGCGGUGGAGGCGGCGGCGAACGUGGGCGCGUCGGCGUGGGCGGGCAAGGAGAAGACCAAGGCCGUGGUGGAGGAGAAGGUGGCCAAGGCGAGGGCGCGCGACCCGGCGGCGAAGGCCGCCGCGGACGCGCGGAUGGAGGAGCGCGUCCGCGGGGUGGAGGCCGCCAAGCAGGACGCCAUGCGCCACAACGCCGCCGCCAAGGAGCGCGCCUCCGCGGCCGAGCACCACCCGACGCCGCUCGGCGUGGGCAGCGCCACCGCCGCGCCGCCCGUGUCCGCGGGGCCCGGCGUCCACGUCCUGGACCGCUCCUCCGCGGCGCCGGCGCCGGCGGCGAGCGCAACGGACGGCGGCCAUAGUGCUACUGGCGGCGUCCCGCCGGCGAGCGGCACGGCCUGAAGAGGGAAUUUACGUAUGAGAAGCGCGUCGCCGGUCGAUCGUGUGCACGUGGUUGUGCAGAUUGGCUGUGCUUAAUUUCCCAGGAGUCCGUGUGAGAUUUCCUUCGCAUGCUGUGUUGCUGUGUGCGCCAUGUUCUACGUUUGUUGUGGGUGGGUGUAUUCUCUACUGCUAUUAUUGUGGAUCGUGUGGCGUGAGCAGAUCGCCGUUUGAAGCUGCUAGCACUGGUGUGAGAGCGUGUACCGGGGAGACUGAUACUUCCUUCACUGCAGCGUGUUGCAAAAAGUCUUAGUGCUCUAUGUGUUGCAAAAAGUCUUAGUACUUCCUUUC